AUGCCUGAGUUGCGUAUUAGAAUACGCAGAAACAGCCUCGUAGACAACGCAAACGCGAACCAGGUCACUCAGCCAGCCUCGCCGGCGACCGUCGGAGCUGGACGGAGGAAGACAUCUGCCGUGGCUGCCCCGACCCGGAGGAACCGGAGACAGAACAACGCGAUCACAGCUGACUAUAGAAUCGUGAACGAGAACGCCGGUGCCGUUCGCGGAGCUAGAAAUAUAAAUUUGAAAGAGCAGCUAGGGAAGAAAGAGAAUAAUAAUAAGAUUUCGGUUAGGGUUUUUGAAGAAGAAGACAUGGAUGAAGACGAUAGCCGUGGCCGCAGCGCAGACAAGGCUGCGGGAGCUGAAGACGAAGGCACCACUGCUCCUCUUCCAGAGAAGGUUCAAGUUGGUGGCUCUCCGUUGUAUAGAAUUGAGAGAAAACUUGGGAAGGGAGGAUUUGGGCAAGUCUAUGUUGGUCGGCGGAUAGGUGCUAUGAGUUCUAGCGAGCGGACUGGUGCUGGUGCUGUUGAGGUAGCCUUAAAAUUUGAGCAUAGAAGCAGUAAGGGGUGCAAUUAUGGACCACCAUAUGAAUGGCAGGUUUAUAAUGCAUUAGGAGGUAGUCAUGGUGUUCCACGAGUACAUUUCAAGGGCCGGCAAGGUGACUACUAUAUUAUGGUCAUGGAUAUGCUUGGCCCCAGUCUGUGGGAUGUUUGGAAUAACAAAUCACAUACCAUGUCUACUGAAAUGGUUGCUUGUAUUGCAAUUGAGGCUAUCUCCAUAUUAGAGAAGAUGCAUUCUAGAGGAUAUGUGCACGGUGAUGUAAAACCUGAGAAUUUUUUGCUUGGACCCCCUGGAACUCCAGAUGAAAAAAAGUUGUUUCUGGUUGAUCUUGGGUUAGCAACUCGGUGGCGUGAUAGUUCGAAUGGCCUUCACGUUGAAUAUGAUCAACGUCCAGAUGUUUUUAGGGGCACUGUUCGAUAUGCUAGCGUGCAUGCUCAUCUUGGUAGAACAGGUAGCAGGAGAGAUGACUUGGAAUCUCUUGCGUACACUCUUGUCUUCCUUCUCCGUGGUCGGCUUCCUUGGCAAGGAUAUCAGGGAGAAAAUAAAGGGUUUCUUGUCUGCAAAAAAAAGAUGGCCACUUCUCCAGAAACUUUAUGUUACUUUUGCCCUCAACCUUUCCGGCAGUUUGUUGAAUAUGUAGUGAAUUUGAAGUUUGAUGAAGAACCAAAUUAUGCAAAAUAUAUAUCCCUGUUUGAUGGAAUUGUGGGCCCAAAUCCAGAUAUCAGGCCAAUAAACACAGAGGGUGCUCAGAAGCUUAUAUGUCAAGUAGGACAUAAGAGGGGGAGAUUGACUAUGGAAGAGGAUGAUGAUGAACAGCCAAAAAAGAAGGUUCGAAUGGGAAUGCCCGCUACACAAUGGAUUAGUGUUUACAAUGCUCGUCGACCAAUGAAGCAAAGGUACCAUUAUAAUGUUGCUGAUGUGCGGUUAGCCCAACACAUUGAUAAAGGGAAUGAAGAUGGUUUAUUUAUCAGCAGUGUGGCUUCUUGUUCUAAUCUUUGGGCACUCAUUAUGGAUGCUGGCACUGGUUUCACUGCACAAGUUUAUGAGCUCUCCUCCUACUUUCUUCAUAAGGAAUGGAUUAUGGAACAGUGGGAAAAUAAUUAUUACAUUAGUGCUAUAGCCGGAGCUCAUAAUGGAUGCUCAUUGGUUGUAAUGUCUAAAGGUACCCAAUACUUACAACAAUCCUAUAAAGUCAGUGAUUCAUUUCCUUUUAAGUGGAUCAACAAAAAAUGGAGAGAAGGAUUUUAUGUCACUGCUAUGGCUACUGCUGGGACUAGAUGGGCAAUUGUUAUGUCCCGUGGAACUGGUUAUUCUGAUCAGGUUGUGGAACUUGAUUUCUUGUAUCCCAGUGAAGGUAUUCAUCGAAGGUGGGAUAAUGGAUAUCGUAUCACCUCAACUGCUGCAACAUGGGACCAGGCUGCUUUUGUUCUUAGUGUCCCAAGAAGAAAACCGGCUGAUGAAACUCAGGAGACACUCCGCACAUCUGCUUUUCCUAGCACUCAUGUUAAGGAAAAAUGGGCAAAGAAUCUCUAUAUUGCAUCCAUUUGUUAUGGGAGAACAGUUAGGCUUUUGUUUAUUGAUGGUAAUGAUGACUUUGAAAUUUAUACUUCUAUUAUUCUAAUGACUUCUUACUUCCGAUUUCCAAAGAAUUCGGGUUGUUUGGGUCGUAUAUUUAACUUCUGUGGCUAUGGCAACGUGCGGGUUUUGGUUGGUCCUCGCAAUGUUAUGUUGCUGGAGCAACCUAUAUAUCAACAAAUCCGAAGCUGUUCAAGAAACUGA